AUGUUUUGUGCCAUAGCUGCCAGACUGCUAAUAAAAGUAAAAUACCCAGCAUCUGUAGAAGGAAUUGAUAGUCCCUUGUCUAGGUACAAGUGGACAGAUGAUGCUAUCCAAACCCUGAAGCUUUUGUUAAGCAUUGCAACAGGCACACCACUCUGGCGCAAUGGACCACCCGAUAAGCCAGUACUAUGCAAUGCAUGUGGGUCUCGAUGGAGGACAAAGGGAACUCUUGCAAAUUAUACCCCUUUACAUGCUCGAACAGAAACUGAUGAUUAUGGGGAUCAAAGGGUUUCCACGGUAAAGAGCUUAUCAAUAAAUAAGAAGAGAGAAGUGACAUUGCUCAAACAAAAACGUAACCAUGAUAAUUUAGUAUCUGGAGGGUUUGCACCUGAUUACAACCAGGGAUACCAAAAGCUCGUUGAUGAUGAUGUUAGCAACCGAUCAAGCUCAGGAUCAGCUAUCUCUAACUCAGAGAGCUGUGCACAAUUUGGUGCCAUGGAUGCUAGUGAUCUGACAGGUCCUGCUCAGUCAGUGGUCUGGGAUGCCAUGGUGCCUUCAAAAAAGAGGACAUGUGUUGGCCGUCCAAAGCCUUCUUCUGUUGAGAAGUUAACAAAAGAUUUAUGUACUAUUCUUCACGAACAACAGUCUUAUUUUUCUGCAUCUUCUGAAGAAGAUCUUCUUUUUGAAAGUGAAACACCAAUGGUCUCUGUUGAGAUAGGACAUGGAAGCGUUCUCAUUAGGCAUCCUAGCUAUAUAGCCCGUGAAGAAGAGUCUGAGGCUAGCUCUCUUUCAGUUGAUAAUAAGCAAUGCCCAACGAGUGAGGCAUAUUCUUAUUUUGGCCCCAUUCUAAUGCAUAAUGAUUCUAGUUACUUGAAGUCAUCAUCUCUGGAAGUUGAAAAGAUCAGGAAUUCUACUGGCCUCGGAAUGCAGCAGGAGCAACAUAAAAGUGACGACUCUCAACUUGACAGAGUACAAAUCCUUGGUGAUCAUGAAUCACCGCUGUGCUCAAUAGAUUUAAAUGAUAUAGUAAACUAUGAAGAGUUUUUGAGAAUCUUGACAAAUGAAGAGCAACAACAGUUACUGAAGUUACUUCCUGUGGUUGAUACUGCUAAACUUCCUGAUAGCCUUAAAGUCAUGUUCAAUAGCUCUCAAUUCAAGGAGAACUUAAAUUAUUUUCAGCAGCUUCUGGCGGAAGGAGUUUUUGAUAUCUCUUUGUUGGGGGCAAAACCUGAAGACUGCAAGACUUUGAAAAGACUUGCACUAUCCAAUCUGUCAAAGUCAAAAUGGGUAGAGCACUAUAAUUUUGUCAAGAAAUGUGAAAACAAAACUGGAAAAUUGGAUUCUUUUGGAUCUGCUGGUACAUCAUCAACUAAUGGUUGGAACAGCGAGGCAUCAACUAAUUUUGGGAACAGCAAGGAAUCAACUAACGUUCCAAACAAGAGAACACUCGAUAGCAGAAGUCAAAACUUCUCAGAACUGAAGACAAUAAUGAGGAGCCCCAAAGGAAUGAACACAAAGGCUGGCUGUGAGGGUAAAGAAGCUGUAGAAGAUGGUGCUUGCUAUAGUCCAAAAAGCCUAUUUGCUUUGCCUCCUGAUGCCAGUUCACUCAUGCUUAGUUCUUUAAACUUUGUGGAGGAAAGUAGUGAUCAGGAUCUGCUGCUAGAGGUGCCAUCUAACACUUCUUUUCCACAGGCAGAGCUCUUGCACCCAAGUUUAAGCCUUGGCGCUCAAGCCAGCACUAGUAGUACCUCUGUCUACUCCCAUCUUAUUUAUCAAUAA